CAAGUAGAAAGAAAGUCAGCUGCUUCUCCCUUUCACUCGUCCCUCACAAUGGGUCAUGGGACCUGCACAUCUGAAAGAGCGUUGGCGUUGAGCGUCAAUCAGGAGAUAGAAGCACUUUGGAUCCGAUCCCCUUGCUUCAUCUUGACAUCCAACACGGCCGUUAUCGAUUUCACCUAAAAUUCUCGCCUGGAGCCAUUCUGCCAAGCAAUCCUCAUCGACUAUGGCCAGCUCAGUAUGUUCUGAUCAUCCCCGCCUUAAGGCUGGCUUGCCACCCACACCUCGAGGGUGGAACAAUCUCUGUCUCAACUACGUGCCCAGCGCUCUGCCUCCUUUGCCCCAAUUAUCACCUAUCGCGAGGACCUUCGUCACGCUGGAUAGACCCGAUAUGAUCAAGCGGCUCUCGUGGGUCGGAGAUGCAGUCUUGGAAGGCGCAGCGACGAGUAACUUGAUUGCUCAGGUUUUUGAGCUGGCAGGUAUUGAGAAGUGGCUCUAUUUGUUCCGCUCAGACGUCCUCUCGAACAAUGUCUUUUCCUACCUUGCUCUUUCGUAUGGCCUCAUCGACCCUCUGAUCGCCAGCAUGAGACCGCAGAAGGCCUCUGCUGAUCUCUUUGAAGCUUACCUUGGUGCAUGCGAAUUGGAGCGAGAAUCAAUUGAGACCAUGUACGAAUUCAAGUGGUUCUUCAAAGCUUUAUUCAGUGAGAUGGUCUGGCCAACGAUUCGGUUCAUCACUCAGGUCCCUACCUUUUGCUCUUUGCCCUCUAAAGAAUUCAAGCGGGUGAUCUCACAAAUGACCGCGACUUGGCCCGGGAUGUUGUUGGAGGCCUCUGAUGGAGAUCGAACCAGGUCACGCCGAGUGGUCGUGACGCCAACAAGGACAAGGCUUGGCAAGAGGGCAAAAGCCGCCUAUAAACCUACGGUCGUUCUUGAAGCCAGACAGGACGGAUGCAAGCGCAAAAUAGACUCGAGCACAUCAUCCGAUCAGCCUCAGACAAAGAAGAAGACCGUUCGCGAACAGGGCAAAGGAAAAGGUCGCGAGAGCCCUGACGAGGUAAUCAUCGACCUCGUUAGCAGUGAUUCUGAUCAAGACUUGAACGACAACGAAGAUUCGGAUAGGUCCGAGGUGUAUGAGGCUCUGCAUGAUGAUCGAACGGUCGAGCGUCUAGUCAUCGAUCUGACGAUGGAGUCGUCGGAUGACGAGGAAGAGCUCAUGGAGAGGUCGAUUCAUAGUAUGUAGUUGCCGUGUUCGGUAGAUACAGUACUAUAGCUUGCAGUCCCCGGUUGUUGUACUCUGACUGUAGUUCAGACGAUUGAUAUAUAUAUACACAUGUAGACGCUGUUGUACCAAGUAGCAAUGAUAGACUGGCGGUCAAAGCG